AUGGGGUUCUUCGGCAUGGCACUGAGCUAUCUGCUCUUCUCGAUAUUGCACUUCUUCCAAUUUAUUAUGGGACUUGUUGUCAUCGGUCUUUACGGGACAGACCUGGACGCCGCGCGCAAGGCUGGCAAAUAUGCGGACGGCAAAUGGGUCUUUGCGGUCGUGGUCGGAGCGCUGUCUGCUCUCACCUCUCUGCUUUAUUCCAUCCCCUUCAUCCUGCGCUUUGCCGCCGUCCCAGCAUGGAGCUUCAUCAUCUUCGUGCUCUGGUGCGCCGUCUUCGGCCUGUUUGGUAAAAUGUACAUCCACGAGAACCCCGAAGGCAACGCCGGCAUCCAGCGGAUGAAGAAUGCUGUUUGGGUCGAUCUGGCGAACCUGAUCCUUUGGUUCAUCGGCACCGUCGCUGGGGCUGCUUACUGGUGGGCUCACCGCGAGAGACACAGCCGCUUCACCGGUCGUGCCAACCUUGGCAGAAAUGCUUCGGUUCGUUCCUCCGGCUGGAGGGCAUAG